AUGGCGAUCCGCGCCUGUCAGCUGCCGCUGCAGGGCCUCCGUCCCUUGGCCUGCCUGCAUGCGGGCGGUCACUCCCUUGCGCUGCGCCGCUUCUCUGAACACACGCCCAGCAGCAGCAGCAGCAGCAGCAGCAGCACAGGCGGGCGAAUCGCAGCAGCAGCAGCACUUGGGGCCUUUGCUGCCUACAGCAGCUACUGGGAAUACCGCAGGCGCCGCAUUCUUCACCGGGACCUCCCAGCCCUUCGCAGGCAAUUCGAAGUGCCCUACGCUGACUUCUUAGCAGCAGAUCGCUUUUCUCUUGUUGCUGCUAAACGCAUGCGCUGUUCUGCUGCUGUGCGCAAAAGGGUCGCAGACGCUUUGCUGCAGGCCUGCGCCUCCAGCAGCAGCAGCAGCAGCAGCAGCAUUCCCGCAAGCAUCAGCAGCAGCAGCAGCAGCAGCAGCAGCAGCAACGGGGUAAAUCUGUGUUUUUCCUCGUCUCGUGUCUCUCAGUUGUGUUCUGCUGCAGCAGAAUUGCUGCGGCGUUUGGGUUUUUCUCGGGGUUGCGAUGCAGCGCAGCAGCUGCUGCUGCUGUCUUCUCGAGCUGCUGCAUGCGAAGUGAUGCAGCAGCGCCUGCGUGAAGUUAGAGACGAGCUCGCCUCCCCAGAGCUGCUGCAGCAGGAGCAGCAGCAGCAGAAGCGGCAGGAGAAACAGCAGCAGAAGGAGCAGCGGCAGCAGCAGCAGCAGCAGCAAGAGGAACAACCAAGUCGCGCUGAAGCUCUGGAGGAAAUAAACCAAAUGCUUGCAGCACUAUCUAAAGAGCACGCAGAGUAUGACGAAGCCAUAUCGCGGAUGAGCAGCAGCAGCAGCAACAGCAGCAGCAGCAGCAACAGCAGCAGCAGGAGGUGCUUGACAGCCGCAGAGUUUGUGGUGCGAGUGCUGCAGGCAGCUUCGCUGCUGCCGUUGCAGCAGCCAGCGUGGCGGUGGACUGUGGGGGAUUUGCUGUCAGUAGGGAACCUGCUUCCUCAAAAGGAGCAGCAGCAGCAGCAGCAGCAGCAGCGGGGUGAGAAGGGGCGGCAGCAGCAGGAGCUGGCAGCAGCAAAGCAGCUGCUGCUGCUGUGUCCCGAGUACAGUUCUUUGCUGUUCAUUCGCGAUGACCAGUCCGAAGCAGCUUCUGUCUUCAAGAGCGGAAUGAGUGAACACAGAAACACUUUAGAAAGAGCCAAAAGGAGGCAGUAA